AUGAACUUUAGCCUAAAACACAAAGAAGCUGUCACAGUUACGGCCGGACACCCAGCUCUUGAUUUCGCAAAAACAGAGGAAAGUAUACAAGGCGAUCAGAAUUUAAGCUCAGGUUUUGGAACAGGAGGUUCAGGCUCCAGUCUUGGAACAGGAGGUUUUGGAGUAGGCGUAGGAUUUGGAAGAGGAGUUUCAGGGGUAGGGUUUGGAAGAGAAGGGUUAGCCUCAGGUUUUAGCUCAGGAGGAUGCGGGCCCGGAAGGGUGCUGCAUGUUGACGGCAGAUGCGUCAUUCCACGCAUCAACCGCAAAGUUUACUUGUAUGACGCGCCACCCGUACCAGUGUCCCAUGGUCCCCCACCAUACAUUCCAGAGCCAACCGUUGAGACAAACAUAUUGUUCAUCCGAGCACCAGAACAAGGACAAGGACCAGAUCCUAUUGUUAUACCUCCUCCUAGACAAGAACACGUUGUGUACGUCCUUAACAAAGAGUCGCCAAAGCAACAGGAAGUGAUCGAACUUCCAGCUCCGCCAGCGAGCGAACCUGAAGUUUAUUUCGUGAACUACGGUGACGGCGAGAACCCGGUUCUUCCUAGCGGCGUUGAUCUCCAGACUGCCCUGAACGCUGCUUCCCAAGGUGGUGGUCAAGUGGUAGGAGGCGGUGCCGGAGGCGUUGUGGGAGGUUUCGGAGGCAGUGGAGGAAUCGGUGGAGGAAACAGUGGAUUUGGAAGCAGUGCUAUCAACGGCGGUCUCGUGAGCGGUGGCAACAGCGGACAAUUAGUCAUCAGUGUAGAAGGAUUUAGUGGAGGAUCCAGUGGCGUUUCCUCUCUUCCAAGUCUUUAUUCCGCGCCGUAA